GCGGAGCGGACCGGCUCGCGCGCUCACGCUCUAUCAGCACCGCUCGGCAGCUCGCUCUCGUUUCCUCUCAGGAGCGUUUUAACCUAAACCCGCGGAGCAGCGAAGGCUGGCACUCGGCUGCCCGGCACCUCCUCCAGCGGCGGAUGGCAGCGGCAGUGCGUGAGAGGCUCCCCGGAGGGUCUGCGCUUCUCUCCGCCGCUCUCCCCGCUCGCCUCUCCGCCCGGACCGAACGGCGGCUCCUCUGAGCCUCAGUCACUCUCUCAGUUCUGUGGACGGUUUACGGUUUAACGGGCUUUUCUGCGUUUCUCACGUUGGGAGAAAAAGCUGCGGGGCGGCCCUCGUGGCCGAGAUGCCACUGUGUGCCCUGCCAGUCGGCGGUGGAUCCUGAGGGGCAGGAGGUGCCCACCGAGUGCAGGGGGCAGAACGCUAAGCACUGCGACUACGAAAUGAACCUAUGCUGGAACGAGAUCAAGCGCAAAUCCCACAACAUCAGGGUGCGACUGGAGGCCUUCUCAGACAACAGCGGCAAGCUGCAGCUCUCCCUGCAGGAAAUCAUCGAAUGGCUGACGGCCAAAGACGAGGAGCUGUCCGAGCAGCUGCCCAUAGGGGGCGACGUGGGGGCGGUGCAGCACCAGCGGGAGUUCCAUCAGGCCUUCAUGGAGGAUGUAAAGUCCAGGGGACCAUUCAUCUACUCGGUGUUGGAGUCUGCCCAGGCCUUCCUGGCCCAGCAUCCUUUCCAGGAGCCUGAGGAGACGCUGCCAGAUGGCAAAGAGGUGUCGCCGAGGCGGCGAAUGUUGAACGUGAGCCGCUCGGUGUGGAAGCAGGCCAACGUGGCCAGCGAUCUGUGGGAGAAGCUGACGGCACGCUGUGUGGACCGGCACCGGCACAUGGAGCGUACACUGGAGAGGCUGCUGCAGGUCCAGGCAGCGAUGGAGGAGCUGGCUGGAGCUCUGGAGCAGGCUGAAGGAGUGAGGGAUGCCUGGGAACCUGUGGGAGAUCUCUUCAUCGACUCACUGCAGGACCACAUAGAUGCCACCAAGCUGUUUAAGGAGGAGUUGUCUCAAGUCAAGGAGGGCAUGAAGCACAUCAAUGACCUCGCCCACCAGCUAGCCAUCUCCGACGUGCACUUGUCUAUGGAGAACGCCCGCGCCCUGGAGCAUCUCAACAGCAGAUGGAAGCUGCUGCAGGGUUCCAUUGAAGAGCGCCUGAAGCAGCUGCAGGAUGCCCACAGAGAUUUUGGCCCCGGAUCACAGCACUUUCUCUCCAGUUCCGUGCAGAUACCUUGGGAGCGUGCUAUAUCCCCCAACAAAGUGCCAUACUACAUCAACCAUCAGGCCCAGACCACCUGCUGGGAUCAUCCAAAGAUGACAGAAUUGUACCAGGCUCUGGCGGACCUGAACAAUAUCAAGUUCUCUGCGUACCGGACGGCGAUGAAGCUGCGGCGAGUGCAGAAAGCUCUGAGAUUGGACCUGCUGAAGCUGACCAGUGUGACGGACGUGUUCCGGGAGCAGGAGCUGCAGCACGGCGAGUACGUGAUGGACGUGGUGGAGGUGAUCCAUGCCCUGACCGCUCUGUAUGAAAGACUGGAGGAGGAGAGAUCUGUACUCAUCAACAUCCCUCUCUGUGUGGACAUGUGCCUCAACUGGCUGCUCAACGUCUAUGACAGCGGCCGGAACGGUAAGAUGCGGGUGCUCUCCUUCAAGACGGGGGUGGUGAGCCUAUGCAAUGCAGAUGUGCAGGAGAAAUACAGAUAUUUGUUCAGACAGGUGUGUGGUCCAAACGGACUGACGGAUCAGAAGCACCUCAGUCUGCUGCUCCAUGAAGUUAUUCAGAUCCCUCGCCAGCUGGGUGAGGUAGCAGCCUUCGGGGGGAGCAACGUGGAGCCCAGCGUCCGGAGCUGCUUCCGUAUGGCCCCGGGGAAGCCAGCUAUCGAGGUUUCUCACUUUCUGGAGUGGAUGAGUUUGGAGCCGCAGUCGGUGGUGUGGUUGCCUGUCCUGCACCGCGUGACGGCGGCCGAAUCUGCCAAGCACCAGGCGCGCUGCUACAUCUGUAAACAAUGCCCCAUCAAGGGCUUCAGGUACCGAAGUCUGAAACAGUUUAACGUAGACAUCUGCCAGAUGUGUUUCCUGACCGGACGAACAACCAAAGGCAAAAGGCUACACUACCCCAUAAUGGAGUACUACACCCCGACCACCUCGGGGGAGAAGAUGCGGGACUUUGCAAAGACUCUUAAGAACAAGUUCCGAUCAAAGCAGUACUUCAGCAAACAUCCUCAGAGAGGCUACUUGCCGGUGCAGACGGUCCUGGAAGCCGAGAGCGGCGAGACGCCUUGUUCUUCUCCCAGGCUGCCGCAUGCGGAUACACACAGUCGGAUUGAGCAUUUUGCCAGCAGGCUGGCAGAAAUGGAAAGCCAGAGUUGCUCCUUCUUCACUGACAGCCUCUCUCCUGAUGAAAGUCUGGAUGAAGAUCAGUACCUCCUGCGUCACUCCAGCCCCGCCCUGGAACAGGACUCUCCGCCCGGGCCACACCUCCUCGCCCACCUCGACUGCCACAACAAGGAGGAGCUGCAGCAAACGCUGGCGCGGCUGGAGAACGAGAACAGGAUGCUGCAGGGCGAGUACCGGCGGCUGAAGUGGAAGCACGAGGAGGCGGCGGCAGCUCCGCAGCUGGUGGAGGGCGGCGCGGGAUCGCCGGCGGGUCAGCAGGACGAGGAGCUCCUGGCCGAAGCUCGAGUCCUGCGGCAGCACAAGACCCGCCUGGAGACCCGCAUGCAGAUCCUGGAGGACCACAACAAGCAGCUGGAGUCGCAGCUCUGCCGGCUCCGGGAGCUGCUGCUGCAGCCCAAAGAUGAUUCUGAGGCCAACGGAUCAGCGCCAUCCUCUCUGUCCUCACCUGUGUCUGUGAUUCACCUGAGGGGGCCAUCCAGCAGAGAGACCGCCGACAUGGAGGCUGCAGGAGAUGAUGAUCUGGACGUGGAGCAGGACACGGUGCUGCAGCUGCAGGAGGUGAUUGAACAGCUGAGGAACGUCUUCCCGUCAGAACCGGUCCAGUGAGGACCCUCAACCACUAGAGAGGAGCCUGUAGUUUCACAGGUGCCAUAAAGCUCAUCUAAUCAUGGGUUUUGCAAGUCUGGAGUAUGCAAGACGGACAGAAAUGCAGACAGACAGAAAUGCAGACAGACAGAGAGAUGGGCUCAGCAGGGCAGAGGGUUCACUUCCCUGUCCUCACUGAUUCUGCUAUACUGCAGUGAAGAGUUCCUGACUGAUAACUAACCAACGUCCUCCUGGUGCCAAAGGCCAGCCAGCGCUCGAUCCGUCCGUCCACUGUGCUAACCAGCUGCCUGUAGUAACGGCAGGCGAGUGUGGCUUCUUCACUACAGCACAACCACCUCUCAGCCAAUCAGCACAGAGAGGAGAAGAGAAGCCCCUUACCUGUACCUGUACCUGUACUUAUACCUGUACUUAAUACCUGUACUGACAGUAUAUCCUGUGCCAGCAGCUUCAGUUCAGUUCAUUUUCUAUUUUUAAUCAUAUUUAAGUUGGCUUGGAAAAAUCUAACUUACUCUUCUUACUUCUUUAUUAUUAUUAUUAUUAUUAUUAUUAUUAUUAUUAUUAUUAUUAUUAUCAUUAUUAUUAUCAUUAUUAUUAUUAUUAUUAUUAUUAUUAUUCUGUGUUAAGAAUUUAAUCACUACUAUACCCGUGCAGUUUACAUACAAUGUUUUUUAGGCUUGGACAUUUCCCCAUAGGAAUCCAUUCAAAACUGUCCAUAAACUUUUGUCAAAAAUGACAAAAGGCUUUACAGGUCACAAUUUGCUUGGACGAUAAAUUUGAAACAUUUUAGAAGAUAUGCUCCUCGAACAGAUACAAUUUACGGUUUUUGUUAAAUUAGCGUAUAUUUACUCCACGUAGACAUGAAUGGUCAGCCAAAGUAUUCGCACACUGGCUGUCAAAAGUAUUGGUAUUACAUCAUUUAUACAAAAGUGUUUGGACAUGGCCAUAUUAGCCAGCAGCUUUUAAAUGUCCAGUUUUUAAUCAAACGUUUUUCGACCCAGCUCUGUCAGACAAACGUAUAAGCAUUCCAACAUUUAAUGGUCGAAUUAUGAUUAUUAUUAUUUUUUUCAAUUAACAUACAUUUACUCCCCAUAGACAUGAAUGGUGGGCCCAAGUUUUUGCACACUGGUAGCCAUAUGUAAUGGCAUUCCACCAUUUAGCCAAAUGUUUUUGGACACUUCUCUCUCAGACAAAAGUUUUUGGACACUUCUCUAUCAGACAGAAGUAUUGGCUGUCCACAAUUGUCCAAAACUUUUUGGACACCACUAUAUUUGCCUGCAUCAGUCGCAUUCCACCAUUUAGCCAAAAGAAUCUGAAUAUAUUAGUCAGCAUCCUUCGCAUUCCAACAUUUAACCAAAUAAUUUUGGACACUUCUCUAUCAGACAAAAGUAGUGUCAUUCCACCAUUUAGCCAAAAGUUUUUGGACACUGCUAUAUCAGACAAAAGUACUGGCAUUGCAUAAUUUAGCCAAACGUUUUGGACAGUCCUCUGUCUGCCAGAGUAUUGGCAUUCUACCAUUUAUCCAAGCGUUUUUGGAGACUGCUAUAUCAGACAAACGUAUUGGCAUUCCACCAUUUAGCCAAAAAUAUUUGGACUUUAUCAUUUAACCAAACGUUUUUGACCAUAUUAGUCAGCAGCAUUCACUUUCCAACAUUUAACCAGAAAUAUUUGGAUAAUGCUCUAUCAACUUAAAGUACAGGCAAUCCACCAUUUAGCCAAAAGUGUUUGGACAGUUCUCUUUCAUACAAAAUUAUUUUUUGGACACGACCAUAUUAGCCAGCAGCACUUCUCUAUGAGACAAAAAAAACAUUUUGUUGGGGUUCAACAUUUAAACUUUAACAGCAGUUUUUACACUGCUUAGCUGCAGCCUAACAUUGCAGUGCUUUAAAGGCCUUAACAGAUUUAAGGUGGCAAUGAAUAUAAGGUGGUAGUAAUGGAUUUAAGGUAGCACUGAAUUAAAGCGGUUUAUUUUCCAAGCCAACUUAAAGUCUGUUUAGGAACAGUUGAUUUUUUUUUUUUUUUUGUAAUGUUUACAGCCAUCUUAUGCAACAUUGGCGUACAUCACAUCUCUCAAACACACACACACACACACACUCAUACUCAUAGCGAAUACAGCAGGCCGGGCCAGGCCUCGCGUGGCCUCUGUUCUGUGAAGAAGCAGAGGAACAGAUUGCUGGGAGCCAGCGGGACAGGCAAAUUUGCUCUGUAGGGUUGUGACACAUGAACGGCAGAGGCCAUCAUUUAUUCAAUACAGCCAUAGUGCUGUAUUUGUGCUCUUGAUGGCUCCCAGUCGCAACUCUGUCCUCCCUCUGCCUCAAUCUUUCUCUCUCUCUCUCGCUCCCUCUCGCUCCCUCUCUCGUCAUAUAUUUGCCCCUCAUGCCUCUGUUAUUACGAAUCACUUACUCUCACUCACCCGCAGAUGCAUCACGUUCAGCUCACGUACAAAAGACUCUGCGAUGAGAUAAGUGCCCCGGUUUACAGCGCCGCUGCUUUCCUGGCGCAGGGGGGCGGGGGGUGGGUGGGGUGGGGGGGUGCUUGGUGUGCGUCUCCUGGCGAGGCAGAUUUGUAGCUCAGCGCAGCGCGAGCUUUGUUGUGAAAGCUUCUGCUGGAGAAAUGACAGGCCUCCGCUGUGCCACGCGCAGAAGGAGGGCAACCCCGGGCUACAGCAGCAUCAGCAGCAGUGGAGGAAUGGGUCUGCGGGACUGCCUGAGAAACCAAACCUCUGAACCACAGUUGGGGGUGACACACUUUAGGCACUUUAGACACUUUAGCACAGCGUUCUUUGCUUUCUUUACGUUUUUUACCUGUCAAAGAUACACAGAGUGACACUUAUAAACUUAUAAAGCAGAGCUAAAUCUAACCUAAACUAACCCAAGGAUGCCCAAAGAUAGAACUCGAACAUUCAGCAAUGUUCACCAUCGCUCCAUAAAACUCUUCUUCCUAUCAAUCAUUGUAUAUUCAGUACCAGACAAAGAUUUGCACACACCAACAUUCACAUUCUGGAGAAGCAUUAGCAUUACCCGCUAACCGCACUAAGCGCUAGCUCCUUUGCCAUUCAGAGGUGAGUACUUUGGACUGUAAUCUGCACGUUUUCCGUGUUAAAAUAAGUUACAUGGGAUGAACCGCUAGCUAAUAUCACCCUGGCUCACUCAAGUUUCCUCAGUGUAGCACUGUUGGGCGGCAUUAGCCACUAACUGAAGCUAGCCUUAGUGGAAAUCUGCAAAUUUAAGCUUGCGGUAAAUAAACGGAAGCGCUUUACUCACCCAAAUAAACAGUUUUCAGGAGAGAAAUCUGUGUAGAUAGCUUUUAUCGCUCGUUUGAUUUUAAAAGAAAUACAUUUUGGUUUACUUAUCAGAGCUUAUCUUUACAAGUCUCACCACCCUGUGAUUUAGAAGUAAAACAUGGCGACACCCGUUUUCCUUACUAGUGUUGCAUAGUGCGCCUUAUAGUGCGAAAAAUACAUUACUUACUUAUACACUUACUGUUAAUAAAAUAGCUGCACCCAGAAGGAAUCAACCGACAAAAAUAAAACUGGGAUGACGAGGGAUGAGCAGUCGUGACAGACUUUCAGCAGAUCAUCUUCAGGAACGUGUCCCGACUUUGUCUUAGUGAAGACGACCAACAAAUCCGUGUGUGGAGACACUGUGCUGUGAUACCUCACAUUUCGUACAAUACCGGAUCACCUUUGAUCUUUAUUAUAGGUGUUCUUACAGCUCAACUUUACAGUACGUUAAUAAUAAGGUCCUGCAGCCUAUUCCAACAGGACAAUGCUCGUCCACAUGCUGCUGCCAUUUCCCAAGAGCUUACCUUACUUACCUUAAAGAGAUAGAAGACUAGAAGAUGCUGUGUCCUGUCUCUGAUUCAAUCUCACGAAGAAAGUCUUGAAAAUCCCUAGGAUGCUAUUGGACGCUCUGCAGGAACUGAGCAUCAUAACGUGAUGACAUAAGCAUGCUCUGGGGAAAGCCAUCAACCAGGCCUGGUGUGAGUACAGCCUCAGAUCACCUCUCUCUCUCUCUCUCUCUCUCUCUCUCCCCCUCUCUCUUUCACCCUUUCAUCUCGUCCGUCUUCUCUGCUCCACAGUUGUCAGGGAGGAAAUUGAGGAGCGAGUGAUGCAGGAUUAUUUUACAUUAUGGUUCGGGAGGCGGACAGCGGACUGAUCCCGCUCUUUUGUGAAAACACAGAGGAGGAAAGAGUUUUUGUCGAGCGAUUUAUUGGGGGCUGUCAGAUUUCUAUGAAAAGAGGCUGCAGCUCUAGAGCAGAGAGAGAGAGAGAGGAAGGAAGGGGGAAGAAAAAUGGGAACGCCUGAAAGAGAGAGGAAAAAAAAAGAGAGAGAGGGAGCGAGAGAGAGAGAGGAAGAGCGAUGGCAGUUCAGAGUAAGAGAUUGGCUGCGUAAAUAUUCACUCGGGAGGGUUCGGCUGUAGCAGCCCUGUAGGUGUCGGAUUUUCUGAAAUAAAGAGCAGAAACAGCGAAAGAGAGAGAAUCCAGAGCCCGAUCCCAUUUCUAAUUUGUACCCUACCUCUUAUUUUCCCCGUUGGAACAGAGUUAACUACAAGAAAAAGAGUUGAAAUAAUAAUAAUAUGAGAAAACCUUCAAUCACCCAAUACAGAUACAGCUCUGGAAAAAAUAAAGAGAGCACUUCAGUUUCUGAAUCAGUUUCUCUGAUUUUACUAUUUAUAGGUUUAUGUUUGAGUAAAAUGAACAUUGUUGUUUUAUUCUAUAAACUACAGACAACAUUUCUCCCAAAUUACAAAUCAAAUAUUACAGUCAUUUAGAGCAUUUAGUUGCAAAAAAAUGAAAAAAAGAUGCAGAGAAGCUUUCAGACCUCAAAUAAUGCAAAGAAAACAAGUUCAGAAAUCAAUAUUUGGUGGAAUAACCCUGUUUUUUAGCACAGUUUUUUUCAUGCAUCUUGGCAUCAUGUUCUCCUCCACCAGUCUUACACACUGCUUUUGGAUUUAAACUUUAUGCCUUUACUCCUGGUGCAAAAAUUUAAGCAGUUCAGUUUGGUGGUUUGAUGGUUUGUGAUCAUCCAUCUUCCUCUUGAUUAAAUUCCAGAGGUUUUUAAUUUGGUAAAAUCAAGGAAACUCAUCAUUUUUAAGUGCUCUCUUAUUUUUUUUUCCCCCAGAGCUGUAUUGUUUUAAAGCAGUGGAGCGCUAAAGUUCAGCAACCCAACUGCUGCUGGUUAACUGGUUAACUUUAGCUUUUUUGGCUGCAUCAUAUAUCUUUAGAAAGAGGGAAUGCAAAGGAUGCAGCAAUUAAUUGUUGUUGUCAUUGUCCAUUUCUUUAUUUCUCUGUGAUGGGAAGCUUAAAUUAGCUUUUAUAAGCUUUUAUUUUUCUAUUCCACCUUAAAUGCUUAAAUCUGUUGCACCAUUUAAGGCGGAAUAAUAAAGUUAGUUAGUUAGCUAGCUAGCUACUGGGAUGGAAUACUAG